CCACGACGACGUCGUCGCCUGCGAAAGGCGCACGUUUCACUUAAGAACCACUUUUGAAGAAACCGCCGACCCAGUCAGCGCGAGCCGCACGAGUCCGCGACAUCGCAACGCGCACCGCAGAACGCGCGUUCACCGCAGUCACAUUUGGGGAGAAUUUUCAUGUUCCGCGACCGCUUGAUGGGGAAGUGCUUCUAGCUCCUGCGUGUGACCCAAAAAAAAACCAACCCGAUUUUCUCGCCACGACUUGGAUUAAUUCUACUAAUUCCGAAAGAUUCGCGCGCAACACUCUUCAUCAUGUUGGUGGUGACUACUCGUGGCACAUUUGUGCUCUUGGUGGCAGUUCUCGGUUUCUGUACGGCACAGAGAAAACUACCCCGCACGCAACCGGUGACAACCGAAGUAAAAACGGGGGUGAAUUUCGACUGUCCGGAAGAAUUCGGCUACUACCCACACCCUACUGACUGCACACAGUAUUAUGUGUGUGUGUUCGGCGGAGCAUUGCUUGAAUCAUGCACUGGGGGAUUGAUGUACAGUCAUGAACUGCAGACCUGUGAUUGGCCAAGAAAUGUAGGGUGCGAUGCUGGUGAAGUAAGUGCUGCCACCGCAGCGGCAACUUCACCACCUGCUAGUACCCAACAACACACACGUCAAAGGUAUACUCCCCCACCACCACCUCCACAACCCGCCGCCAUUGUUACCUCCAGGGGUCAACCGAGACAACUUCAUCAUCAGCAACAACAACAACAACAACAGGAUAUCAUCAAACAACAGCAAUUGUAUGAAGAUGCCGAAGAAACACUUCCACCAGCUGAAGAAGUUGAGAGUGAUCGUCAACAGAGGGUCUACCGUGGUCAACCCUCUACAAUUGGACAAGUUCAACGCGAUAGAGAUGGUUUAAGAAAUUCUAACGCAAUUCCAACUUAUAGUGGAAGAGCUGAGAAGAUCGGCAUCAUCUCAUUCGGAACUGGUCAACAGCAAGCAGCUCAACCGAUCCAACAAUACAGAGUGGAAGUAACCAGUGCGGGUCCAGCCCAAUCAUCAUCAUCAGUCACCGCUGCUACCAGAGCCCUCUAUAAUGGAACACAUUAUAAUGACCCACAAUUUGAUCCUUAUUACAACCUGUAUGAAGAUGAUGUUGAAUUGUAUAGAGAUGUUGAUUAUUCUCAGCAAUACAACAACAACAAUGGUAAUACUUAUAGGGGAACACCCACACCAGCAGUUCAGACAUCAACCACCGAUGAACCCAAACGAGGAAAUUCUUAUAUACAGAAUUAUAAUCAAGAUAUCUAUCAGAAUAGCAACGUGGGUGAUUAUAAUGAAGAUAACAGGUUUAACACUCAGGAUGAUCAGAGUUAUAGGCAACCCACAAGACAACAGAUCAGGACCGAGGAACCCAUCCAACGAACAACAACAACCACCACUACUACCACCAGCCCAAGACCUGUCACUUUCACUUAUUCGAGCACCACACCCUUGGCAAGAACUCAGACACAAUCUGUGGGUAGAACACGUGGUUCUGCGCAUUACACCGCCGCCAAUCAAGUCAGCAACAAUCAAGAAACUGUUAAUCGCGGCACACCACCUUCACGUUCUCGUCCGACGUUGAAACCCUCAACAUCGAUCGUCUCGAAAGCUCAGGAGUUUGUUGAUGUCUACCGGUUCCCACCACGUAGACCCGACUCUAUCUAUCCUCAACCCCAACCGGAUAAAACCGCUGCCAAGUGUAGGAAAGAUGUUUGUCUCCUUCCGGAUUGUAGUUGUGGUGGAAAGGAAAUUCCUGGCGACGUACCCGUUGAUCAGGUGCCCCAAAUCGUCCUGCUGACCUUCGACGAUUCGGUGAACGACCUCAACAAGGGCCUGUACUCGGACCUCUUCGAAAAGGGUCGUGUUAACCCCAAUGGAUGCCCCAUUGCGGCCACUUUCUACGUCUCGCACGAAUGGACCGAUUACAGCCAGGUCCAGAACCUCUACUCCGAUGGUCAUGAAUUGGCCUCGCACACUGUGUCGCAUUCAUUCGGGGAGCAAUUCUCACAAAAGAAAUGGACUAGGGAGGUAGCGGGUCAACGUGAGAUCCUCGCCGCGUAUGGCGGAGUGAAACUCGAAGAUGUCCGAGGAAUGCGCGCACCUUUCCUCUCAGUGGGCGGAAACAAAAUGUUUAAGAUGUUGUAUGACUCCAACUUUACCUACGACUCCUCCAUGCCCAUCUACGAAAACAAACCACCAAGCUGGCCGUAUACCCUGGACUACAAACUGUUCCACGAUUGUAUGAUCCCACCAUGCCCAACAAGGUCCUACCCAGGAGUCUGGGAGGUACCUAUGGUCAUGUGGCAGGACCUGAAUGGUGGACGUUGUUCCAUGGGUGAUGCUUGUAGUAAUCCAGGGGAAUCCGAAGGUGUCUUCAAGAUGUUGAUGAAGAACUUUGAUAGACAUUACACAACCAAUAGGGCACCAUUUGGUUUGUUUUACCAUGCGGCUUGGUUCACUCAACCACAUCACAAAGCUGGUUUCAUUCAAUUGGACACAAUCAAUCAAAUGAAGGAUGUUUUCUUGGUUACAAACUGGCAGGCUAUUCAAUGGGUGCGGGAUCCAACACCCAUGUCACGCAUCAACAACUUCCAACCCUUCCAGUGCAAUUAUUCCGAUCGACCAAAACGUUGUAACAAUCCAAAAGUAUGCAACUUGUGGCACAAAUCAGGGGUGCGAUACAUGCGCACAUGCCAACCCUGUCCAGAUAUCUACCCAUGGACAGGCAACACCGGCAUCCGCAGCAGCAGAAUCGACAACGACAUCGAAGAUUAAACAUAAACAACAUUCGAAUAUCUCAACUCGCGAUGUCGGCACACGGCUUAAAUUAUUAGUUAGCUGGUAGUAACUAGAGUUGCCCACCACCCCUGAGUUGCGAGAUAAUAAUAUAUUUUUUAUAUUUAUACCAAGUUGCCAGAUGUUACUAAGGUGUCUUGCGCCGUCGCACACACAUACCUUAGUAACAUCACUUAAGGAUAGUUCGUAAUUUUGUACAUACAUACGCGUAGAGUCGUAAGAAAACAUUAAAUGAUCAGAACAUCAAACGCCUACAGUAGGUUCUAAGUAAGCAAUUAAUUAAGUAACUUAAGCAAAUGUGUGGAUUAAUAUAAUUCGAGCGGAAUUCUUUGCGAUAUUCUUGGCCACGAUCCAAGCCAUGUAGGAAAUUUCAAGAUUAAUUAAUACUUAACGGAUAAUUUAUUCGCUCUUGUCUUUUCUAUGCGUGUUUGUUUUUUUAAUCGAUAUUUAUGUACGAGUAAAUUUGCCAAGCCUAUUUUUUGUGGAGAGAAAGAGGGAAAUUAAAGGAGGUUUGGAGGGAAAAUUGUGGCGCCAGUGAUCAGAUUACAGAUGUGAGGUUAGAUUAGUCGGAUUUGGACGCCACUGGUUGCAAACUCAGUAAGAAUUAAAUUGUGUACUAAAUUUUCUGGCAAUUUAUUAUUUGAGAAUAAAGUGUGAAGAGUUUUUUGUA